UGGUAUUGGAAAGUACAAGAGUUACUGGAGCAAACAUAUCAACUACGACCAUCCCUACUUACAACAGUGCAAUAUCCACGAGUAACUGAAAUCAGAUUAUACUAUUACCUCACGCAUCAUUGGUUGCUUCUUGUUCUAGGGACUUGACAUACAUGUUCACUUGAUUCUUUCACAAAUUUCUUUUGUAAAGUUCCAACACAUUUUGUCUUGAAUGCGGCAGUAAUCUUCUAGGAGCUGAGCCUAAGCGAUAAAAGCUGAAAUCAAAUAAGUCCCCGGGGGCAUGUUCGAAUGCUUCAAGAUGUUGUGUACAUAACUCAGAUAAUUCUCUUUAGAUGCAAACACCAGAACUGAAAGGAAUAUGGCAAUUUUCUUUGGUAUAUUCGUGGGGGUUUCUGUGCCGUUAUUCUGUGGAUGCUCCAUGGUUUCCUGACAGAUAGCUCUUCAUGUGGUCGACUUUCAACUUUAUCCAGAUGAGUCGAGGUUUCAAGUGAGUUUGCUUGUGUGUAAUUUCCCAUUUAGAUGAAGAAAAGGGCUCUAACCUAUGGAUUCGAUAAAUAUGUUUGCGUAAUUAGAAUUGAAGGUUUUUUUUUACAGAUACAAUUUUACUUUCUUAACUAAUGGUUGAAUAAAAUAAAAUAUUCUUGCCUACUUCACACCAGGAUUUUUUUUAAAAAAACCUCAUUUUUCUCAAGUUCAACCACAAUCCUUUAAGGAGAGUGAUCAUAGAGUACUAAUUAGUAAUAUUUUAUUAAUUAUUUCUAGAUUUAUUUUGAAAAAAAAAAUAUAAAAAUAAGAAAAAAUAAAACACAUAAUAAUAAGAAUAUUUUUAUUUAUGAUUUUUCUAUCUAUUUAAAAAAAAAUAGAUUCAAAAAAUAACUAAUAGUAUAUUUUAAUUAUUCCUUGAACAGUAUUUUUCUUUUCUAUUUUUAUCUAUAUUUAAAAAAAUAAAAACUUAAGUGAUAAAAUAUUAUUAAUUACCCCUUAUAGAAAGCCCCACAAUUUUUACCGGCUAAAACGAAUGGAAUAAUGGGACUUGAAGCCGGCUCGACGACGUUAACUAGGGAAAAAUCUGGCUCGGUUCAUGUGGUCACUGCCUAUGGUAAUUUGCUUGGCCUCGUAAAUGGAUCAUGUCACACGUGGAAGAAGCUGGUUGGACUCCUGAGGAUAGCGGAUAUCAAAGGAGGGGCUGCCUAUCUAUCCAUGUUAUGUGGUGCGUUGGACACUCAUGGUUUGGAUACAUAAUAUUAAUUUGUAAAUUCUUGUGGCACACUUUGCUACGACUGCUUUGGUAUCCUUUGUAGCAGUGCUCAGUCCUGACUCAAGCUUCUUCCAAAUUGAAGAAAGAUGGCCACCAUCACUGCUAGCACCACCACUACAUCAUCACUCGUCCGUGCAGCUCUUGUACACAAGCCAUCACUAGGAGUCUCAUGCUCACCUGUUCUUGGCUUGCCAGCAAUGGCAAAGAAGGGAAGAGUGAGCUGUUCCAUGGAGGGAAAGCCCAGCGUGGAGGAAAAAUGCAAGGGAAUGAGUGCAUCUUUGAUGGCAGCUGUGUGCGCUGCAUCCAUGUCAAGCCCCGCCUUGGCUCUGGUGGAUGAGAGAAUGUCCACUGAAGGAACAGGACUGCCCUUUGGUUUGAGUAACAACCUUCUUGUUUGGAUCCUGUUGGGUGUUUUUGCUCUCAUCUGGGCUCUCUACUUUACCUACACAGCCACCCUCGAGGAGGAUGAGGAAUCAGGAUUGUCCCUCUGAAGCCGAACUCGUUUCAUUAUUGACAAGGAAUGUAAAAAUAAUGCAAAACGUUUGGCUUUUUUCUACCUUGUACCAAAACUUUCAUAAUUUAUCUGUGCAAUUUAUGUGUUGUCUUGCUUCUUAA